UACAGUAGAUUGAUGCGGGGAAGACUCCGUCGUAGAAAUCUAUAAAGCCCCUUCGUUCGCUGCUUGAAGUCAACUCGACCAGAAGCACACCAAUAACACAGUGACAUAUCCACAUCACAAUCAUCUUCAACAACAUCAACAUCAACUCUUACCACUACUUCCUUCUCGACUUAUCACAAUGGCUCCCAUCAUGGAUGCACUCCCAAUCGUCGAGGACAAGCCUACUGCCGCUGUCACUGACUUCUCGGUAUGCAAGAUUCCUCAAAGUGAUUGCUCAUAGCUAAUCGAGAUAUCCAGGUCUCAAGCCCCCAAGAUGGAGCUGUUGUUGCGCCACCCACCACAGUCUACCAAACCGGUGCCACCAAGUUGAAGAACAUGCUCAGGGACUCGAAUGAGUUGAUUGUCUGCCCUGGUGUCUAUGAUGGGAUCUCAACCCGAGUUGCCCUUCAAGUUGGCUUCCCAGCCCUUUACAUGGUACGUUCUAGAUUCCUUGGGAGGACUAACUACCCGAUAGAAGAACACUAUGCUAACAUGUAGUGAUAGACCGGAGCAGGCACUACUGCUUCCCGCCUGGGAAUGGCAGAUCUCGGCAUUGCUCAUCUUUCCGACAUGAAGGACCAUGCUGAGAUGAUUGCAAACCUUGAUCCUUUCGGACCACCCUUGAUUGCCGAUAUGGACACCGGAUACGGUGGUAAGUAAAAUCGCAGACGAAAAAAUCAAAGAAAGCGCUGACAUUUCUCUUCAACUUGUAGGACCUCUCAUUGUUGACAAAGCCGUCAAGGCCUACAUCAGAGCUGGUGUCGCUGGGUUCCACAUCGAAGAUCAAAUUCAAAACAAGCGUUGUGGUCAUCUUGCAGGCAAGAAGGUUGUCCCUGAAGAAGAGUACUACAUGAGAAUUCGUGCCGCCAAAGGUGCCAAAGAUGCCAUGAAAUCCGAUAUCGUGUUGAUUGCACGCACAGAUGCGCUACAACAACUUGGUUACGAUGAGUGCGUCAAACGUUUGAAGGUUGCUCGAGAGCUUGGUGCAGAUGUUGGCUUGCUCGAGGGUUACACUUCAAAGGAGAUGGCUGCAAAGACUGUCAAGGAGUUCGCCCCAUGGCCAAUACUCUUGAACAUGGUUGAGAACGGCGCUACUCCCAUUAUCACCACCAAGGAGGCACAAGAGAUGGGAUUCCGUAUCAUGAUCUUCUCCUUUGCUGCUCUCGCCCCAGCUAUGUUGGCUAUUCAAGAGACUUUCGUGCGAUUGAAGAAUGAGGGUGUUGUAGGAACUCCAAAGAAUGUUACACCAAGGGCCUUGUUUGAGGUAUGCGGUUUGCAAGAGAGUAUUGUCAUUGAUACUGCGGCUGGUGGUGGGGCUUUCGCUGAUGGUGUUUAAAUUACAUUUGGGUUUUCAGUUUCUCUAGUUUGUUAGGUUAUCAUCUAGUAACUGGUUGGUUCUAGAUAUGGUGCAAGUAUAUUAGGUAUUGGACUUCCAUCGAAGUAGAAUUUGUUUAUAGG